CCUAUAUUGAUGAUGACUCAAAAAACCAGCCAAGAAUCCAUCCAUUUCUGGGAAUUUCACAACCGAGAUCCUCUUUAGUUCUCGAUGAUUCCAGAACAUUUUAUCCUAGUUUUUCUUACUUUUAUUGUUCUUGGAGAAUGUUCAACCAACACAGACGGAUUCUCUGGUACCUGCAAUGAUUCGUUCAGUUGCGGAAAUAUUUCGGGAUUUCGAUUCCCAUUCAGGAAGGAAAAGGAUCCCACAUACUGCGGAUACCCUGGUUUUGAAGUAAACUGUAAUGAACAUAACCCACCUACCAUCAACAUCAAGAACAUGACUUACCAGGUUAAAAGCAUCGAUCCAACGGUCCAGAUUAUGAAGAUUGUUCGAGAAGAUAUGAUCGAAUCAAUCUGUCCACAAGAUCAAGUCAACACCACCAUGGAUUACAACCUUUUCAAUUACAAUUCCGGCUACAUGAACAUGAGCUUCCUUUUCGGGUGUCCGGAUUCUUGGAACGGAAUGGGAGGUAGGUUGGAUUUGUGCGGUAACAAUAGGGGUAAACCGGUCUUUUUGAUACCCGGGGUACAUGGGCCCGGCGAUUGUGAAAGUAGUGUUGUGGUUCCGGUUCCGGUUGAGUUUGUCGACCCGAAUACGUCGGGUCGGGUUGUCGGAAACGGGUUCGAGGUUAGGUGGAAGGUGGAUGAUGAGGUUUGCAUUGGGUGCAGGCAGUCUAGCGGACAGUGCGUGUAUGAUAAUGAUACACGUUUGACCGCGUGUCGAGUUGGGACAUCACCGUCAGCAGAUGCGAAAGGGCAAAUGGAUGCGAAAGGAGUAUUGGAUGCGAAGGUGGAAUCGAUUGCAAAAAGGAUCGUUGCGACUGGAUGCGAUCGAUCGCAGUCCAUCGCGGUCUGAGAUUUUUGAAUGCAAACCAUUUCGGAACAUGACUAGUUGCGAACCACUUCAGAAUGAAUGCGAAUCUCGGAACCUUGGAUGCGAACCUUGGAAUUCUAAGGGGUUUUUGCAUGGAACUUGCAUGGUGGUGGAUGUCGGCUGGAAUAUUCUACAGACGCUUUUGGAGUUAUUUUUAGCAUUUAUUUUGAUGGUUCCUUUUUAUUUAAUAUUUUCAUUUUUUAGUUUCCUUUUAUUUUAUGAGCAUUGUAACACUAUAAAUAGUUCUUUAUGU